AUGCCUUCCUCGCAGGCGUUCAAGAUCACCCUCAAGAAUGGCGAGGAGGUUAAAGUCAAUGACCAUGUCUACUGCUCGCCGAGCUGGGGCGUGCGCGACGGCACCCCGUACUCGAUCGCGCGCAUCAUGGAGUUCCUCCCCGCGCAAGGCACACCGACGUUCGACAAGAGCGGGAAGCGCAACGAGCCCAUCACCCGCGUCCGCCUCGCGUGGUACUACCGUCCGAGCGACGUCUCGGACCGCACGGUGGCGGACUCGCGCCUGCUGCUCGCGGCCAUCUACUCGGAGGUGUGCGAGCUUAGUCAGCUGCGGGCCAAGUGCUUCGUGCACCACCGCGACAGGAUCUCGGACCUCGCGGGCUGGAAGAAGCGGCCGGACAGGUUCUACUUCACGCGGCUCUUCGACCCCUGGCUGAGGAAGGAGUUCGAGGUCAUCCCUGCGACGACCGUCCGCAACGUGCCGGCUCACAUCAGAGACGUGCUCGUCGAACGCUACGAAUACAUAGUCGCCGAGCGGGAGGUGGUCCCGGACCUCACGGACGAUCUCCGCACUUGCGAUACGUGUGAGAAAUGGGUCCCACCCGCGGAAUCUCUGCAAUGCGACCGAUGCAAGAAGUUCUUCCACAUGGAGUGCGUCACGCCCCCGAUGCUCUCGAAGCCGAGCCGCGGGUACGGCUGGACGUGCGCGCCGUGCUCGCGUGCACACGAGGAGGAGGUCGAGAAGCACGACAUGCGGCACCAUACUCCGGUCGCCCCGAAGCCGAAGACGAACGCGCCCCCUGCGCGCGGGCGGGGGCGUCCGCGCAAAGACCGCGUCCUGGCAGAGAAGGAGGAGAACGUGGAGAUCAAGCACUUCAAGAUGUGGCCGUUUCGGUACUUCGGGUUGUACACGUUUGCGGAAGACACCCUAGAUCCCGACGAUCUCAUCUUCCCACGUGCGGCGACCCGUGUCGGACCCAAAUACCAGGUGGGUGCCUUGGCUGCUCCAGGCACCGCAGAGAGGCCAAUCGACAUCGAGGAGCGAGGCGGAGACACGACGAUCGAGGUGUUGAGUCUUGUCAACGAGAUGCCUGCGGCCGAAGUCGAAGCAUUCGAGAAGCAGAAGAGCCUGCUGACCAGGAUCGAGAAACACCGUUACAGCAUUGACUGGCUGACCGAAGUGACCUUCCGACUCACGGAGGCAUGGAUCCACAAGCGCGAUUUCUCGACCGUCAGCAUGAGGUCACCCAUGCGCCUCCAGAAGUUCAAGAAGAACGAGACAAGAUACACUGACAAGGACUGGGGUCCUGACGAAGUGGCCGCCUUCGAGGAUGCGAUCUCGAUGCACGGCGCCGAACUUCGUGCCGUCCGUGAGGAGAUUGGUACGCGCACUAUGCCCGAGGUCGUGCGCUUCUACGGACACUGGAAGAAUUCCAAGCUCGGCGAGGAGAAUGUCCGGAUACGCGCCGCCAGGGCGAGUGGCCUCGACGAGAAGGUGGAAGGGUCCUUGCGCGAGGCCACGCCCGAUGACGACGAGGGCUCGAUCGUGACGGAACUGAAGAAGAACCAGAACCUGUGCGGCGCGUGCCGCACACGCGAGUCCGACGUGUGGUGGAAGGCUCCCAAGGGCCUGCCCACCGGCGUCCUCUGCGACAGCUGCGGCCUGAGCUGGCGCAAGUACGCCGACCUCAACGUCCGUCCGAUGCGCGAGGAUGUCGUACCGACGCCGAAAGCGAAGGCGGAGAACAAGCGCGAGGGCACGCCGCUGACUGCGCCUUCGGCCAAGCGCGCAAAGACUACUUCAUCACAGUCUACGCCACCCCCUGUUGCCCCGCAGCUGCGAUGCGUCGCGUGCCAGCGGAACGGGCCCGUAGGCAAGGUUCUGCGCUGCAAACAGUGCCAGUUCCGUGUCCACGCCGGCGCGUGCGGAAUCGCACCUGACCCCGCAACGGCCGAAAGCUGGGUGUGCGACCUCUGCAAUAACGAGAAGUCGCUGGAGGCGUCUCUGAUACCUGACUGUCUUCUGUGCCCACGGAUGCGGCGGGACCCGAAGAAGAAGCUGAUAUACCCCCCGCCCGACUCGUACCUGCGCGCGUGCAAGCCUACGGAAGGGCAGGCGUGGGUGCACGUGCUGUGUUCCGUGUUCAUACCCGAGAUUACCUACUCCGAUGCGGGCAAGUUGCGGCUCGUGGAGGGCAUCAGUGCGAUACCAGUCUAUCGGUGGCAAAACAACUGCACGUUGUGCGACCGCGAGGAUGGCGCGGUCGUCCAGUGUAGCGAAUGCCCGGCGGAAUUCCAUGUCUCUUGUGCGUGGAAGCAGGGGCACAAGUUCGGCUUCGAGGUUCAACAGGUCAAGAGUCGGAGCCGAGAAACUACACCUACGGUCGAGUUCAAGGGCCAGGCUGGCCUUCUAGUCCCAGUCGUCGUGUGCAAAUCGCACGUCGGCCACAAGCGGCAGAUCUACGACAUCUGCGAGACCAACGAUGCUGGCGAGACGGCGCUCCAGAUCUACUGCAGGAAUUACAAGCAGGCCCAGGUGGACCAGACGCACGGCCUCCUCCGCAAAGCCCGUCGGCUCGACAAGAUCCUCCAAGCGUCCGCCGACACAGCUUCCACCACCUCCGUCGACGAGAGCACCCCGAGCACUCCGGGUGUCGUACCAGGCCCGAGCGCUCCCAAGACGAACGGCUACAGCAAUGGGCUCAGCCACAGCGCCUCAGCAGACCCGCACUGCUACCGGUGCCAGACAGAGUUUUCGCCGUUCUUCCACGAAGUCGCGACGAGCGCGACGAACAUGCACCACCAGUCGGGCAGCGGUGGGGGCGACGCCCAGCCCAAGUCGUGGCUGUGCCACAAGUGCCAUACGGAGAGCAGGAAGACCUUCCCUGUCAUCAUCGGCAUCGGGGCGUCAUGA